AUGAGCGAGAGCAGCGCAGCGACGGCCACGGCGACAGCGGCAGGCGUCAGCUUGAAGCAGCGCCGCACGGCGGCCGACGGAUCUCAGCCGUCCGUCGCGCCGGACGCCGGCAACGCGAUCAAAGAUACCGACGCGUUGAAGGACAAGGCGAAGCCACGUGGCGCGUCGCCGCGCCGGCGGUCCGGCUGGCUCGUGCUGGUGCUCGUGGUUCUGGUGGCGGCAGCGGCGGGCGCGGGAUAUUAUUUGUGGCGGGAAUACAGCGAGUUUGUCGCGAUUGACGACGACGAGGAGUUCGAGAUCGAGCCGCCCGUCGAGAAGGUCGCGACGCGGUCCAACCCGCGGAAAGCCCAGUGGCAAGCCGAUAAGCUGUGGAGCGCGGAGGAACUGGCCAAGUAUAACGGGUCGACGAAGGGCGUUCCGCUGCUGCUGGGCAUUCUGGGGGACGUGUUUGACGUGACCAAGGGCAGGAAGCACUACGGCAAGGGGCAGGGUUACAACCACUUCGCUGGCAGGGAUGCCACAAGGGCAUUUGUCUCAGGCAAUUUUUCAGGUGACGGCUUAACGGACGAUCUGACGGGGCUGUCAGGCGAGCAGUGCAUCGGCAUUGCAGACUGGCGCGACUUUUACUUCAAAACCUACAUCCACGUGGGCAAGCUGGUGGGGCGGUUCUACGACGAGCAGGGCAAGCCAAGAGAUGCUCUGGGCGAGUUUGACGAGCUUCUCAAGGAGGGCAAGCGGCUGAGGGACGUGGCCAAGGUGGCGGAGAAGAAAUACCCUGGGUGCAACUCACGAUGGGCUCAGAACGAGGGCGGCAAGGUGUGGUGUGACAGUGGGGUGCCCCGUAAGAUCCCUCGAAUCCCAGAGGCAGAAGGCGGGCCAGUGGGGGGCAGUGAGGACACGCGCUGUGCGUGCUUCACCAAGGAGCAGCUCGCCUCGCGCUCUGACCUUCACGAGUACGAUGGGUGCGACCCUGACGCCACCAAGUGUGUCUCCUCCCCUCCCGAAGACCCCAAUGCUGCAUCUCUAGGGGAUGGGGGUGAGGAGGAGGAAUGA